UAAAUUCAAUUGGUGCCAUAAAAUGGCGCUUAAAUAAAUUCCAGUGUAUCGAACCGGUAUUAGUCACGUGACAUGCGCAAAGGAUUGUACGCAUAAGAACGAAUAAGAGAAGUCCUAUCGGCUGGAGCCGCGUUUUAUAGCGUUGCGCGCAGGUCUGAAAGCAAUUCCGUAAGAGCCUAUGUUUGAUCCUCGAUGUAUAAAGUGUACCUUUGACCUAUACUAUGAACAGUGUUCACCGGUCAUCGGAUCGAGAACACGCCGAAAGUACUCCGUGAUUCGUUAAGAAAAUGCAUAAGCAUGCGGCCGAUCUUAAUCGUACACACAAAAUCGCUUAUCUUCUCCUCGAAGAUGGUUCGGUCUUCCCGGGAAGACAUUUCGGCGCGGAGAGACCGGUCGAUGGUGAAAUAGUUUUCCAGACCGGUAUGGUGGGUUAUCUAGAGUCGCUUACAGAUCCUUCCUACCAUGCUCAAAUUCUAGUGCUCACGUAUCCAUUGGUCGGAAAUUAUGGAGUAUUUGCCCACGAAACGGAUGAACAUAAAAUACCAUAUUGGUUCGAAUCUGAUCAAAUUUGGGCCGCUGCUUUGGUGGUCGGUGAAAUUUGCGAAACCCCGAGCCAUUGGCGUCAAAUCAAAACUCUGUCCGAAUGGAUGAAGGAACAAAAUAUCCCCGGCAUAUACGAAAUUGACACCAGAGCUUUGACAAAAAUUAUUCGCGAGAAAGGCACUUUGUUAGGUAGAAUCGUGCUCGAUCUGCCAACUUUUAAUCCCAUUCCCUCUUUAACUGCCGCGAUAGAGGAUCCGAACAAAAGAAAUCUCGUUGCAGAAGUUGUCCAGUCUGCGCAAAGAACGUACAAUGCCGCCGGUUAUCCUCGCAUAUGCGUGGUUGACUGCGGUUUAAAGUACAAUCAAUUGAGGUGCUUGAUUAGUCGAGGUGCUCGAUUAGACGUUGUGCCUUGGGAUAACAAUUUAAAGAAUAUCGAUUACGACGGCUUGUUGAGCAAUGGACCAGGCGAUCCGACUAAAUGCGAGACAACGAUCGAAAAUAUUCGAUCCAUUCUCGAAUCACGCGCGAGGAAACCGAUAUUCGGUAUUUGCCUCGGACAUCAAUUACUUUGUAUCGCAGCUGGUUGCGUCACAUACAAGAUGAAUUACGGAAAUCGCGGUCAUAAUCAACCGGUCACACAUCAUGGAACCACUCGUUGCUACAUGACCAUGCAGAAUCACGGAUUCGCCGUAGAUGCCAGUCAAUUACCAACCGAUUGGGAACCACUUUUUACCAACACCAAUGACAACACUAACGAAGGCGUCAUACAUUCGACGCUCCCUUAUUUUUCCGUUCAAUUUCAUCCCGAGCACUCGGCCGGCCCUCAAGAUUUGGAAUGCUUGUUCGAUGUUUUUCUCGACGUCGUGGUCGACAAUGCAAAAGGGGGGCAACUUUCCGUGAAGGAAAGAUUAAACCGUGAGUUGAGCUUUUGCGGAGAGAAUAGCAAGUUGUCGGCCAGGCCGAAGAAGGUGUUGAUUCUGGGAUCGGGCGGGCUCAGCAUCGGGCAAGCGGGCGAAUUCGAUUACUCUGGAUCACAAGCGAUCAAAGCAUUGCGCGAGGAAUGCGUGCAAACGUUGUUGAUCAAUCCCAAUAUCGCAACAGUGCAAACGUCGAAAGGCAUGGCAGAUAAAGUUUAUUUCCUGCCUAUUAUACCGGAAUACGUGGAACAAGUGAUACAAUCGGAACGACCAGACGGCGUGCUUUUAACGUUCGGUGGGCAGACCGCCCUCAAUUGUGGCGUCGAGCUUGAGAAGAAUGGGAUAUUCAAGAAAUACAAUGUGACAAUUCUAGGGACACCGAUACAAUCAAUUAUAGAAACGGAGGAUAGGAAGAUUUUUGCAGAACGUAUAGCAGAGAUCGGCGAAAAGGUGGCGCCAAGCGCAGCGGUGUACUCCAUCCAGGAGGCGUUAGAUGCGGCCGAAAAUUUAGGAUAUCCCGUAAUGGCCAGGGCGGCAUUUUCCCUCGGAGGUUUGGGAUCCGGUUUCGCAAAUUCCAUGAAAGAGUUGCGAAAUCUUGCACAACAAGCGUUCGCUCAUUCGAAUCAAUUGAUCAUCGACAAGUCGUUAAAAGGUUGGAAAGAGGUGGAGUACGAGGUCGUACGGGAUGCGUACGACAAUUGCAUCACAGUUUGCAAUAUGGAAAACGUCGAUCCCCUUGGGAUUCAUACAGGGGAAUCGAUCGUUGUCGCUCCAAGUCAAACUUUGUCCAAUAAAGAAUACAAUAUGCUUCGAACGACAGCUAUUAACGUGAUCAGACACUUUGGCAUUGUCGGUGAAUGCAAUAUUCAAUACGCGCUGAAUCCAAAUACCGAGGAAUAUUACAUAAUCGAAGUAAACGCAAGAUUAUCUCGCAGCUCGGCUUUAGCAAGCAAGGCAACAGGAUAUCCAUUGGCUUACGUGGCCGCGAAGCUAGCUCUCGGUGUUCGUUUACCGGAUAUUCACAAUUCCGUCACAGGAAAGACGACGGCUUGCUUCGAGCCCAGCCUCGAUUAUUGCGUCGUCAAGAUCCCGAGAUGGGAUCUCGGCAAAUUUCACCGGGUGUGCACAAAGAUCGGCAGCUCCAUGAAAAGCGUGGGAGAAGUUAUGGCGAUCGGGCGUAAAUUCGAGGAAGCUUUUCAAAAAGCUUUGAGGAUGGUCGACGAGAACAUCAACGGUUUCGAUCCGUACGUGAAAACACCGAACGACGAGGAAUUGGAAAAACCGACGGACAAAAGAAUGUUUGUACUCGCAGCCUCUAUAAAGGCUGGAUAUACGAUCGAUCGAUUGUACGAGCUCACGAAGAUAGAUAAAUGGUUUCUGCACAAGAUGAAAAACAUUAUCGAUUAUUACCUGGUCUUGGAGAAUACGGAUCACACGAAAUUGUCGCACAACGUUUUGCUACGUGCGAAACAAAUUGGAUUCUCGGAUAAGCAAAUUGCGGCCGUGGUUAAAAGUUCGGAAUUGGCCGUCAGGAUACAAAGACAGGAGAGUAAUAUACGGCCGAUGGUGAAACAGAUAGAUACGGUGGCCGCUGAGUGGCCGGCCACCACGAAUUACCUUUAUUUAACUUACAAUGGCACUACACACGAUGUCGAAUUUCCCGGUGGAUACACGAUGGUGAUAGGAUCCGGAGUGUAUCGAAUCGGUAGCUCGGUAGAAUUCGAUUGGUGCGCCGUCAGUUGCCUGCGCGAAUUGCGAAAUUUGGGAAGGAAAACGAUCAUGGUGAAUUACAAUCCGGAAACAGUGAGCACCGAUUACGAUAUGAGCGAUCGACUGUACUUCGAGGAGAUAUCGUUCGAAGUUGUGAUGGAUAUUUACGACCACGAAUGCCCGGAGGGGAUAAUUCUAUCCAUGGGCGGCCAACUGCCGAACAACAUCGCUAUGGAUCUUCAUAGACAGCAAGCGAGAAUUCUCGGCACUUCGCCCGAAUCUGUGGACGGAGCUGAGAAUCGUUUCAAAUUUUCUCGUAUGCUCGAUGGCAUUGGAAUUUCCCAACCCAGGUGGAAAGAAUUGACCAACUUGAAAUCCGCCAUCGAAUUUUGCGAGGAAGUUGGCUAUCCCUGUUUGGUACGUCCCUCUUACGUGUUGAGCGGCGCUGCGAUGAACGUGGCCCACUCGAAUAACGAUCUCGAGUCGUACUUGAAGAGCGCGAGCGAAGUGAACAAGGAGCAUCCAGUAGUCAUAUCGAAAUUCAUUCUCGAAGCGAAAGAGAUAGACGUGGACGCGGUCGCCUUUGACGGAAUUAUCCUUUGCAUGGCGGUGUCGGAGCACGUGGAGAAUGCGGGCGUCCAUUCGGGUGACGCCACUCUAGUGACGCCGCCGCAGGAUAUCAACGCGGAAACCUUGACGAAGAUCAAAAUGAUGUCGAAGGCGAUCGCAGCGUCCCUCGGCGUCACGGGUCCCUUCAACAUGCAAUUGAUCGCGAAGGAUAAUGAACUUAAAGUGAUCGAGUGUAACGUUCGAGUGUCGAGAUCUUUCCCUUUCGUAUCGAAGACGUUGGAUCAUGAUUUCGUGGCUAUGGCCACGCGAUUGAUCGUUGGAGAGGCAGUGGAACCGGUGGACGUACUCGCUGGGUGUGGCAAAGUCGGGGUCAAAGUUCCACAAUUUUCUUUUUCUCGUCUUGCAGGGGCUGACGUGAUGUUGGGAGUAGAGAUGGUAUCCACGGGUGAAGUAGCUUGUUUCGGGGAUAAUCGAUACGAAGCUUAUUUGAAAGGAAUAAUGAGCACCGGUUUUCACAUACCUCAGAGAGGCAUCUUGCUCUCGAUAGGAAGUUUUAAACACAAGAUGGAAUUGUUACCGUCUAUUCGCAGUCUUCAUAAGAUGGGUUAUAAAUUAUACGCUAGUAUGGGUACCGCAGAUUUUUAUACAGAACACGGAGUGAAGGUAGAGCCUGUACAAUGGACGUUCGAGAAUAUCAGCGUGAACGAAGAUUCCAGCCCGAGCGAACUUCGACAUCUGGCCGACUUUCUAUCGAAGAAACAAUUUGAUCUUGUGAUUAAUUUACCAAUGAGGAACGGCGGUGCACGCCGAGUUUCCAAUUUCAUGACACACGGAUACCGUACGAGGAGGCUCGCCGUCGAUUAUUCCGUUCCUUUGAUCACGGAUGUUAAAUGUGCUAAAUUGCUCGUUGAAGCUAUGAGAAUGCUCGGCGGACGUGCACCUCGAAUGAAAACUCACACGGAUUGUAUGUCAUCGCGGACGAUGAUUAAACUUCCCGGCUUGAUCGAUAUUCACGUGCACACGCGUGAUCCUGGCGCAGUUUACAAAGAAGAUUUCGCUUCUUGCACGGCCGCUGCACUCGCCGGAGGUAUCACGAUGAUCUUUGCCAUGCCCAACACGAAUCCUGCUGUCGUCGAUCAUCAAUCAUUCGCUCUGGCGAAAGAACGCGCCCUUUCAAACGCGAGAUGCGAUUACGCAAUUUACGUCGGCGCCUCGUCCGACAAUCACAACAUAACGGCCGAAUUAGCUCCCUUAGCGGCUGGACUUAAAAUGUAUCUGAACGAGACUUUCACAACACUCCGAUUGUCCGAUCUUACCGCGUGGAUCAAGCAUUUCCAAAGUUGGCCAAAGAAGUAUCCCCUUUGCGUUCACGCCGAAGGCCAAACAACUGCUGCGAUUCUCUUGCUGGCUGGCUUGCAUAACAGGCCUAUCCACGUCUGCCAUGUAGCUCGAAAGGAAGAGAUUCAAAUAAUACGCGCGGCCAAAGAGAAAGGAAUGGCUGUCACUUGCGAGGUGUGUCCUCAUCAUUUGUUCCUAUGCGUGGACGAUCUUGAACGGAUAGGGCCAGGCCGAGGCCAGGUGAGGCCGUUAUUAGGAACCAAGGAAGAUCAACAAGCUCUUUGGAAUAAUUUAAGUAUAAUCGAUUGCUUCGCCACGGAUCACGCGCCCCACACCUUGCAAGAAAAAUCCAGCGAAAAACCACCGCCUGGAUUCCCCGGCCUCGAAACUAUGCUUCCACUUUUAUUGACCGCUGUUCACGAGGGAAAAUUAACGAUAGAAGAUAUAAUAGACAAACUCUAUAGAAAUCCGAAAAAGAUCUUCAACGUGCCAGAUCAAUCGAACACCUACAUCGAAGUGGACCUCGACGACGAGUGGACGAUUCCGGAAGCGAUGCCUUUCAGCAAAUCAAAGUGGACGCCUUUCGCUGGAAUGAAAGUUCGUGGUUCUGUUCAUCGUGUAGUGCUUAGGGGAGAGGUUGCCUACGUCGAGGGGCAAGUUCUUGUAAAUCCUGGCUUCGGCCAGGAUAUUAGAGAGAUUCAAUCGAAAAUGAAAGUUCAAACGAUUGUAAAUGCGCCUGUCAUCGACGUAACUACUAGUCGGCCGAACUCGGCAUUGGAUGGCCUUUUGUCGCCAAACUACGAAAAGUACAACAAUUAUAUCGAGCGGAUAACGGAUAUGUCGGAGGAAGAUCAAAACGAAUCGUACGCGCAUCUGUUGCAAACAGCGGCUCACAAAUCGAACGUUCACUUCGCCUUGGAUGUGGAUACGCGCGAACAUUCGAAACUCGUAACAAGUCAACAACGCACAAUCUCACCCCUCCCCAUUAGCAAUGCGACGAAAUACAAAAGCGACAGCAAUCCCAAUCUUCUAUCGACUUCGGUGCCACCGAUCACAUCGGUCCACGUUUGUCACAAUCUAGUCGGCCACAACAUUUUGACAGUGGAUAUCUUCAACAAAGACAUGUUAAAGGAUAUCUUUAAUCUCGCGGAAAUUCUUCGCAGCGCCGUUAGAAAGGAACGACUCCUGGAUCAUAUUUUACGGGGAAAGUUGCUGGCUACGAUCUUUUACGAGGUUAGCACGAGGACGUCUUGCAGUUUUGCGGCCGCUAUGCAACGGCUUGGAGGAAGUGUGAUAUACAUGGACGGUACAACUUCGUCGGUAAAAAAGGGAGAAACUUUGGAAGAUUCGGUGAUAAUGAUGGCUGGAUACGCGGAUGUGGUGGUGCUACGACACCCCGAAUCUACUGCCAUUGCGAGAGCUGCCCAACACUGUAGAAAACCUUUACUGAACGCCGGUGAUGGUAUUGGAGAACACCCGACUCAAGCGUUGCUCGAUAUUUUUACGAUAAGAGACGAGAUCGGCACGGUGAACGGAUUGACAAUCACCAUGGUUGGGGACUUGAAACAUGGUAGAACGGUCCAUUCCCUGGCAAGAUUAUUGACUCUGUACAAUGUUGAGCUUCGUUACGUGUGCCCAACCGGCCUUGGUAUGCCUGACCAUGUUGUCAAGUACGUGUCUGAUCACGGAAUACGUCAGGACAAUUUUACCUCUCUCGAAGAAGCUCUUCCCGACACUGAUGUUCUUUACAUGACACGCAUUCAAGAAGAACGUUUCGCCUCCCACGAGGAGUAUAAAAAAGUUUGCGGGCAUUUCAUAAUAACUCCACAGUUAAUGUCUCGAGCGAAAAGAAAAAUGGUAGUGAUGCAUCCUUUGCCACGAGUUUUCGAAAUCAGUACAGAAUUUGACACGGAUCCACGUGCUGCUUACUUUCGACAAGCCGAAAACGGCGUCUAUGUUCGAAUGGCACUUUUGGCAAUGGUUCUUGGACGUGCGUGACCUUAUU